UAUAUCAUUAGAGAGGUCCAUCUACGCAUGUAGUACGCAAGUCAUUCCUUCGUUGUCACUACAAGUACAUAUCGCAUCCUUCAAUACUCAGUACUCCAGUGCUCGUCGCAGCUACGAGAAAGGAAGUCUUAAGGUCUUAAGGCUCCACAUGUUAGUUGUCGGCUUGACCGGUGGGAUCGCGACCGGAAAGUCUACUGUUUCUUCCCUCCUCAAAUCUCGCAAUGUUCCCUUAGUCGAUGCAGAUGUCAUCGCUCGCGAUGUAGUCCUCCCGGGGUCAUCAGCCCUCAAGAAGAUAGUCAAAGUCUUUGGCGAGGACAUCAUUCGUCCUGACGGAUACUUAGACAGACCCAAGUUGGGUGCCAUCGUAUUCAAUGACGCAGAGAAACGGAAACAACUGAACGCUAUCGUUCACCCUGCCGUUAUUCGUGAGAUGUUCUGGGCAGUUAUGAGGCAUUGGUGGAGAGGCGACAAGAUCUGUGUGGUUGACGUUCCUCUUCUGAUUGAAGGCGGGUUGUGGAAGUGGGUUGGUUUGGUGGUAGUGGUAUAUUGUUCAAAUGAAAUCCAGCUGCAACGGCUGAUGACUCGUGACAGGUCUUCACGAGAGGACGCUUUGUCUCGUCUCAAUGCCCAAAUGCCCAUAGCAGAAAAGUUGGAAUACGCCGACCUUGUCAUUGACAACUCGGGGUCAAUACAGGAACUCGAACCUCAGAUUGACACCCUGCUUCAAAAGCUAGAGAGGAAAGCCGGCUGGUCUUGGAGAGUGAGCUGGUUAUUUCCACCGUGGGGUUUGGUAUCAGCACUCGGUACACUGUUAUUUGCCCAUAUAAGACGUUCUCGUCGUGUCAAAAAGAAGAGAUCAAGAAGGACUUGAUAUCAACUUUCUUAGUUUUGAAUACUCUCAAUGGACUUUUGGGUAUGAAUGGACAACACGAUAUGCAUUACAAUCACGACUAAAACGACGCGAUAACCCACA